UAUAUACGUACACCUUUAUUUACAUUAUAUAAUAAUAACAAUAUAUUAAUUCCGACAAUCUUGAUAGAAACCUAAAGAAAACAGCUACCUUCGGCCGGGCGCGUUCGAAUCUCCCUCUCUCGUUGCUAGGAGGCGGUGAGGCCCGAGGACGCCCGAGGGAUGGCAAGAUUGCAAGAUGGCAAGCAGAAACGAAGGAGUCGCGUGCUAGGGGAACGUGACGCUCGACGAUAAAAGCAUUCCAAGGAAUCCCAAGGAGGCCAGUGGUGAACUCUCAGUGCUUACCUCUCGACGCCGCGAUCCUCCCCAGGACUCUCGCUCCUGGCGCCGCUCCCGCGUCCGUCACCGUCCUCCGGGGGAUGUUGACGCGCGCCUCGCCGGUCGGGACGAUGUGAGCGUACAUACACGCGCGAGGCGAACCAGAGAGGGAGUCGAGGAAGGGGAACGGAAUUCUUCUCGGCUCCUCGACGACGCUCGAAACGUCAAACAUGCGGCGCCGAGUCCCACCCGCUCCUAGCUCGACGACGACGAGGACGUCAAAGAAGACGAACCGACGACGGCCCUGGCUCUGCCAGUGAAACCUUAUUAUAUAUAUAUAUAUAUAUGUGUGUGUAUGUAUAUAUACAUAUAUAUAUAUAUAUACACAUACACACGCGCCGUUGCCGAUGAGCGCGGAUAUAUGGCGGCGCGAGUACUCUUGCUGAGCGUCUUGAUUACGGAAGUGCUGAAGCCAGCUUGUGCCGCAGGUGUUAGGGGUAUUGGAGGGAACAUCAGUGGUAGGAACGUGUCCAAGUCAGAUGGUUUCGACGUUGGUCUGAUUAAGGGGUCUGGAUUAACACUGGAAAUUCAACCUAGCGGCCAUGUGAUACUAGGAAAAAAGGGAAUCACGCUUAAUUGCAUAGCUGGUUCGAACGAAACUGUAUCUUGGCUGCACAAUGGAUUACCAGCACCUCCAUGUGGUCUUACUCGCUGUGUUCUUCUCUCUAAUGGCUCUCUUCACUUUUACAAGAAACAAAAUUUACAAAUGCAAAAGUUCAAAGAAAAGGAAAGGAGUGGUAUUGUUAAUGCUAGAAACCAUAAUAAGGAUGAAUAUCGUUGUGUAACACGUAGCAGUUCAGGAGGUUUGAUACGGUCAGCUCCUACAUUUAUUCAAAUAGCAGAGUUUGCACAUGCAUUUAAAGAAUCUCCAGAAAAUAUUACGGUUCAAGAAGGUGAAGUUACAAGAUUGUCUUGUUUGAUAGACAGUGUUCCUUUCCCACCCAAUAUUACAUGGCAGCAUAACGAAACAUUGUUAUCUUAUCAUAAUGAAUCAAAGUAUUUUAUGGUACCACCAGGUGUUCUGUAUAUAAGUGCAACGAAACUGUCAGAUGCUGGCUCAUACAGAUGCAUAGUCACAAAUGAAUUUUUAAAGAAGACCAAAAAGAGCAGAGAAGCAAAAUUAAUAGUUAUUUCGAGAGCUGAUGGUAACAAAUCGCAUACUCCGUCAUCCUUGUUUCCACAGACUUUAUACAGUCAUCAGCUACUUAACAGAUCAAAUCUUAGUCUGGCAUGUGCUGCAUCUGGUUAUCCAUCACCACUCAUAACAUGGUCAUUUAUUCCUCGUAUUUAUAUAGGUAAUGUUACACAACCUCGCAUCCUUCUUAAUUCUACUAUUGGCAUCGCUAUACUGUCAUUGACAAAUAUAAAUGUUUCUAAUGCUGGUAUUUACUUGUGUUCUUCGAAAAAUGUUAUCACCAAUGAUUUAGAAGUACAGAAGGUAACUGUAGACAUAUUGAUACCACCGUCAUUUAUUAAAACGCCGACGAACCAAAUCUGUCCAAAUGGAAGAACAGCGAGAUUCGAGUGUCAGGCGCAAGGAUCACCCGUACCUCAAAUUUAUUGGCUAAAAGACUCGUUGAAUAUUACUAUCAAUGGUCGCAGAACGACUUACGUUAAGGAAUACAAUAAGGUAGAAUUAGCAAUAUCAGCGACAGUACCGUCUGACUCUGGCAUAUACCAAUGUGUAGCGGUAAAUUCAGCGGGUGAAAUUUGGGCCGCUGGCCGGCUUCAAGUGAAUACGUCGCGCAAUAGUCCUGCAGCACCCACUUCUCUAAAAUGUCACGCUGUUUCGCCAGUUAGAAUCUUAAUCUCGUGGGAACCACCAAAGUCUCUACCGUAUACCAGUAUUACAGCUUAUACCGUCCAUUAUAGUCCUGUAGAAGGUGGCAAGGAGGAAGUCUCUCCGCCAGAACCAGGGAAUUCUACAUCCGUAGAAGUAACAAAGCUUCUUGAACCGUUUACAAAUUAUUCAUUUUACAUACGAGUGUGGAAUAAUUAUGGUGCCAGCGAUCAAUCGGCUACCAUUCUGUGUUCCACAGCUCCAAGUGUUCCUAAAGGUGCACCAAAAAUAAAUGUGGAUAUAAUCAGUAGUACAAAGCUAAAUGUAUCAUGGGAGCCUUUGAGCAAAAAGGAAUCUCGCGGCGUCGUGGAGGAAUAUAAAUUACAAUGGAGACUCCACCAGCAUCCGUAUUCUACAAUAGUUUAUCUACCUGCCACUGUUAAAUACCACAUACUUUCGGAUAUGAUACCCGGAGCGCAAUAUGAUAUUCGAGUAUUGGCGAAAACAAAGCAAGGCUGGCCAAAUAUUAGCGAGGUACAAUUGAAUUGGAUUACUGUGACUAUGCCAUCUCCUGAAUCUAAUCAAUUUACUAUAAGGAAUGUGGAUAUUCAAGUAUUAAUUGUAAACGCUUCGAUAAUUAAGAUGAAAUGGAAAAUCAACUUCAAGCAAAAUGAUCAAAUUGAACCAAAAUUUGAUUCCUGGCAAAUUUAUUGUGAAAAUCAAGAUGGUGAAAAAGUGACUACUAUUCUUUUACCGCAAAACAGUACUGAAUAUCUGUUUACUGAUCUUGAUACAAAUGUUUCUUAUACCAUGGGUUUGUGUAUGGUGAACUUGGGUGAAGCAACAGGUUGCUUGACGAAACAUAUAGAGACUGCACAAUCCAAUCCUAAUACCAUACCAAUGGCUUUGGAGGCUAUUCCUGUCUCACCCACGUCCAUAAACGUAACGUGGACAUUGUCUGAUGUGCAUAGUAUAGAUUCAUUUGAACUUUGUUAUCAAGCAGUGCAUGUGCUAGCUUCUAACAAUUCUAAAUGUUUCAUCAUAGACGAUACAAAAGUGAACGUCGACAAAUUGAAGCCUUUUACCUUGUAUCAGUUUAAAGUAAGGGCCAUUAGACACGAUACGAAUCAAACCAGUCUUUACAGUGAAUCUAUAGAAUGUUACACAAACGAAGAUGUUCCUGGUAAGGUCGAGGAGGUACAAUGGUUCUUGGGUAACAAUACCAAGGUACGAAUCGCGUGGAAGGAGCCGAGCAUCGUCAACGGAGUCAUACAGAAUUAUUUCGUCGCGUACACCAUGGACUUGACGAUGACCUGGGGCAACGUCACCGUACCCGGUAAUAAAACAUCGACGACUCUACCGAGUUUAGCGCCGGGCAAACGGUACUUUGUCAUGGUACGAGCAGCGACGAAAGCCGGCUAUGGGAAACCGUCGGAUCCUAUCAUUAUUAUUACUGGCGGUGCUGAUAGCAAUGGAGGUGGAGUAUCGAAAGUACCCGACCCGUCCGGCAAGGAGGAUAAGCCACCGCAAAACCCCAAGCCUGAUCAGAGUCUAGGUGUGAUUCUCGGAGUCAGCAUAAGCAUCGGGUUCAUCGCGAUAUGUCUAUGCAGCAUAUACUGUCGGAGAAAGUUCGAGGAUUCUCGCUCGUUGAGAAACGGCGCUCAGCCUACGAACGGACGAGUUCUGUCGCGAACCGGAAACGGAUGUUGCACGGAGCAGUCCUCCACCUCUGUGAAUCAACAGGCGAACGCUACCGGUGCCUCGAACGAGAUCGAACUGGCUGUGCUAUGUCCAUCGUCUCCGCUCGAAACGAAUCCGCAUUCCGAUGCGAAGGGUGCACAAUCUAAUGGAGUUUUUGAAAUUUGUGCAAAGGAACCCUUAUUAUCGCCCUGGGAGAUAAAUGGAGGCUCGAAAGAUGUUCAUAUUAUGGAGAACCCUCAGUACAAAAGGAGAGACAGCUCUGUCUCGAAUAAUCAACAGGAAGAAGAGGAGGAAGAUGAUGAGGAAGACGAGGAACAAGAUUUGGAAGGCACGCAGCUCACAAUGGUCAAUUGUACUUUAGGCAGUAGUGCUAGCAGUUUAAAUAACAACUCAGGGUGUCCGGACGGGGAGACUUCAUCGUCGCCGAAAAUCCAGUGCGUGUCUAUUCCGACGCUCGGACCAAACGGCUGAGGACGUGUUAGGCGGUACACUAAAGUGUUCAAUGCUUCGCACCGGUAUCGAGGUAUACAGUAAGUAGGAAUACCUGUUUCCUCCUUCCUCUUCAUGGUCGGCACAUCAAUAUUACGAGAAAACAGAAUGGAAAAAACGAAUUCGAGUCCUCGCGAGAAGCGAAGGCGACGCGAAACGACCCGCAACAACCACCUGACGAAGUCGGACUCGCAAGGAGUAUCGUCUGAUCACGCGAUCAAUGUAAAGAAUUCGCGUUUGUGUAAAUAAGAUACAUUUAUUGCGCGCAAAGAACAAGGCAAAUGGCUGCGUGAGCAAUACCAUUUUUUUCAACAAAUGGUGGCAACACAUAAUUCUCAAAUUCAUUCAUCGCUUUGCAUGAUCACAUUCCUGAGGUUGCAGUGGUGCAUUGAUUGUGUAGAUGAUACUUAAAAGGAGGACUCGUGUGUGCAGAAUGAUUCGAAAUACUAUUUGAGGAUCGAUAGAGGAUGUAACAAGUUACGUGUUUUUGAAGCAAAAUUGACAGGUUUGCGCAAAAGUGUUUGUAAAGUUAAAUUAAAGCUAAUUAGAGGCCAACACCGCGAGAUUGACUGAGAAUUACAUUCUCUUGAUACCUUUUCUUUUAAAUAAAUAUUUGUAUUUGAAUAAUAGGGAAACAGAUAUAUAUUUAAGCUAACAACAAAAUACAAAAUUUUCGCACAAGUCUUUUCAAAAAGUGCUUAAUUUGUAAUUUUCUAUCAAUUCUCGAUACUAUUUUGAAUGAUUCUGUACGUGUGUAAGAUUAAAAUUAAAUAAGUUGUCAACGUUAAGAGAUGCGCGAACAAAAUAAAUCUGGAAUGAAAUAGUAAGUUUCCAAAUGCCUCUGUAAAUAGGAUAGAUUAAUUGUUAAUUGUGAAUAUGUUCAUAAAAAAAGAAAAAAUAUCACACUUUGAAACGCUGAUAUAUAGUAGAAAGACGUGUACGAGCGUGCAUUCCUUCGCGUUUGGGAACAUAAAGAAAAAAAUUGCUAUAAAUAAUGCCGGGCAAAGCAUGGCCUAAACUCAGUUGACGAAGUUUCGUUCUGACAACAAAGUUUCGGACUGAUGAUCGCUUAAGGCUUCUGGCUCCUCGCCGAUCACGUUAGAAUUGACGUCAGAGGCUUCUCGCCUCUGACGUCACAAUCUGACAUGGACGCAGCUAGAACCCAGGAACCUUAAAAUGAGAGAGAGAGCGCAAACAUUGAUCAUUCCAAAAUAAGUUUUCCAUUGAUAAUAUUUAAUUAUAAAUAAGAAGGAAAAAAAA